AAAUGCAAAUGUCAAUCAGAAUUGAUAACUUUCUCUAACAAUGUGACAGUUAUUUCGUUGAUUAAGGUUACAAUUAAAGGGGAAUUGCUAUUGCAUUUCCUCUGAAACGGUUCCAUUUCUGUUCAAGGUUUGUUGAUACUUUAGAAAUGAUCAAAAUGAUGAUUAACAGAAAGAAAAAUUAUCAAUCAACAACAGGAACUCAAUUAUUCAGUUUCAUUCAUUGGAACGUUGAUCUGAAAAGAGGAAUGAAUUUAAUUCAUCUCUCUCUCUCUCUCUUUUUUUAUAUCAUAACCUGAACUUGAAGUCCAUUGGAAACAUAAUCAGGGUGAAAAGAUGAGAUGAUGAAUCUGUUCAAUGUUCUCAUAUUUGAAUUGUUACUCAAUCAACUGAUUAAAGGGUUUUAAAUGAUCACCUGAUUGUUUAUUCCUUGUUAUUUUUACCUUGAUGGUGCUCAUGGUUCCUGGUUGGUUUACCUCCUUCACCUCCUCCUCUUUUACUACAAUUAAAUUUAUGAUGAUCGUUUUAUAAUCAUUCACGGAAGUUAAACUCUAAGAUUGGGUUAUUCAUACAAUUACCUUCCAUUACCUUGUUGAUACAAUUCAACCAUCAAGGUAACUCCAUUGUUGUUGUUUGGUGUUAAAUCAUUUCUCUCCUGUCAAAAUAGAAACAAAUAAUUGAUGAGAAGAUUAAAGAAAUCGAUAAGAAACAAGAAGAGAUGAAAUGACGAGUCAAUCAUUGGAAAUUAUUACACUUAAUUAGCUGUAAUUAGAUUUAAGAACAGUAAUUAAGCGAUAAGAGAAGGAAGAAAAUGAUUUCAGGCAAAAGGAUAGAGAAAAGGUAAACAUUGAUAGAGUGAUAAUAGAAAAGAAAGUAAAAAAAAUGUUCGAACUGAAGAGUAAAAGCGAGGGAAAGAGAGAAGAUGAAGAAAGGAAGAUGAUCUAAAUUCGAGGUUCGAAACUGCAUUGUAAUCCACGAGUUGCCUAGUAGAACCGUUCACCUCGAGGUCUCUUACAUCAUCUCUUCAUUUCCUUUUAUUAUUCUCCAUUUUAACCUGCUAAUUAAAUCGAUCAAAUUUAUUCCUAUCAAUUAUCCCAACCAAUGUUUCAAAUUUCUUCUUGUAAAUUUGAUUAUCCAACAAUCAAUCAGCUAAUUAACCAACUGAUCAAGGGAACAAUCAAAAUACUCUUUGAUUAGUGUAGGUCCUUUCUCUCUGUCUUUUCCUCUCUCUGUCUCUCUCUAUCUCUGUCUUUCUCUCUGUCUGUAGUUCACUUUUCUUCUGUCUCUUAUCCUCCUUUCCCCAUCUUUGUGUUCCUUGAGUAUUCACCUCUGACCUCCAAAUCAAUUAGGUCACUUAAUUAAUCCUCUGAUAUCCAAAUCAAUAUUAUCAUGUUUCUUAUUUAAACCAAUUCAAUUGCAGUGAAUACGAAAACAUAUCAUUUUUUAUAAUGUGAUUUCCAAUGUGAUCAAUAUUUUCAUCAUUUUCUGGUUUUCUGGUUCAACCUAAUGUAACCCAAACAUAUCCCAUUUUUGUACUUAAUCCGAUGGUUAAUCUUAUUUGUUAUCUUGUAAAUCACAAAUUGUUCAACUAUUGAUGGUUUAAAUUAAAUCUAAUCCAUUGUCCAUUCUCACACGAGAAUUGGUUUGUGGUCAUACGUCAAUUUCCAGCUUCGACAUUAUUUGCCAACAUAUCAAAGGAUUGACCAAAAUGACCACUACUAUUCAAGGGGAAAAAUCUGCUUUCAUGGAACAUAUGAAAAAGAGGAUAAUUGAAAUAGAUGAAGAAAAUUCUGAAGAAGAGAUCGAAAUCGAUAUCGAUACUGUAAAUAUAACUAUAGAACGGAAAAGUUGCCUGUCAACUUAUGGUUCUAACUAUGGGAAUUUCUGGUCGAAAGAUCCAGUUGAUUCCUCUUCCAAGGAAAACAUAUCAAAAAAACCAGAAAUUUGUACUAUUAUAAAUAUCGGUAAUGGUGAACAUAAUGUUAACGGGAAAAUCGAUGGCAAUAACUGUAAUAAUCAAGAAUUUGAUAGUGAUGAAGAAGAAAUUACCAAGGAAGAUGUUGAAGCGAUUCACGAACAAUUAACUAAAGCAAAUGCAAUACUCAAUGAACAAAUAAUCAAAUCUCAAGGCGAACUGGCUCAAGUUCGAAGCUCAUCUAUCGCCCAUAAACGUUUGGACCUAAGAAAGGAAAUCGGACAAAUUAUGUGCCAAAAACAAAAAUAUCUCCGAGAAAAUGUUUUCCUCAGAUCUUUGUGUCUCCAUGAGUUUUCAAAACGAUUCCACGAUAAAGUGGACUUGAGUUUGGACAAAAUUCGAGAGACGAUAAAAGCUGAUCUAAAUUACGUUGUACAAAGUAAAUCACUUUUCGAUGCUUCCCAAGAUCCUGGAACUAAAUUCCGAUCUUCUAAAUCUGCUCAGACAAUUAGAACAAUGGCUUUAAAAGGAGGUGAAAGUUCAGAUAAAUUGAAAAAUGAUACAAUUAAUUCACUCAAACAGCAUAACUUGAAUCUCACUAGAAAAUUGGAACAAUUAAAAGCCGAUAAUCCAAUUAUUCCAAUAAAAGGACCCAGAGUCAUGUUAAUAAAGAAAGACGAUUAUCUUAAACUAUUGGAAAGCUCAAAAGGCUCGACAAAAAAUGACCGAACAAAAUUAAUUAACUGUGAUCGAAACAAAUCCAAAUCGGAACAAGAAGCGGAAACAAUCAAGCCAAAAUCACCAAUCAAUAAACAAGUGAUUUAUGUGAAAAAAGACACAUUAGAUUUAACUAAUGGCGACUCCAAGAGACAAUUUUAUAUCUGCAAAUGUGGUCAGAAAUUCAGUAAAAAUGCCCUCGGGUAUAAAGCUGCAUACGAUAGUUUCCGUCAGCAUGUAGCUAAAUGUAGUGUUUACAUGAAAAAUGGUGCUGUCUGUGAUAUAUGUGAUGCUCCAUUCCAUUCAAUUCCAUGUUUGAAAGUUCACAUUCGCCGAAUUCACCCUGAAAGACCAGAAUUACUCGAGAAGUAUCGUCACAUUGUCAGUUGUCCAUGUGGGAAAAUAUUCGACAAUUAUUCCCAAGAAUGUACAGCAAUAAAAGCACUUCGUAAACACGCUCGAGCCUGUCCAUCAUAUCGUAGUAAAGCAAUUUUUUGUUACAUUUGUAAAGAACCAUUUCUCGAACCAAAUCAAUUGAAUAAUCACAUUCGAAUGGCACAUUCAAGUAAAUCAAACGGAAUCACCAGCGAAAAAUCAACUCCAGUGUCCAAAUCCAAUUCCAAUUCCAAUGUGGCCAAAAAAAGAAAAGUCAAUUAGAUCAAAUAAAUUGAUCUUCCAAAUCUUCCAAAUCAACGUUAUCCAUAUCAAUACACAGAAAAUCAAUCAUCAUAAUUUUUGAUCAAAAUCGAUCUCAUUUUUUACAUAUCAUUCCUUUUGCCAUAUUCUGUAGCAAUUAACCUUUGCAAUGAACAUAUCAACAUAUUCACAUCAUGAAUUUUUAAGGUCCAAUCCAAUUAACUUCCUGAUCUCUUAAUUGUCUUGAGAUUAUAAUUUCUUUUCCUGGAGAUUGAUUGUUUUCUUAUUCCUUUUUUUUCAUUUCUUUUUCUAAACAAUCACAAACCUGUGCAAUCAAUCAAUUGCUUUCCAAUGACCGACAAUUAACGUUAAAAACUAUGCUUAUCAUAUCAACAAUAGAAUCAUAUGUGUAAGAUUUAAUUAUAAUCGCAAUUAAUAAACAUAUUGGAUAGAGUA